AUGGCCCGCCGAAGCAGCUCCGUUCUGGUGGCCGCCGUCCUGAUGGCGGCGGUGGCCUGCUGGGGAUUCUCCUGCUUUGUGGCGCCCAAGAGCCAGCCCGUGGUGGAGCAGCCGCAGUUGCGCGGACAGGCGCCCGUGGAAGCAGCUCUUCUGGGAGCUGCUGUCGCUGCCGUGCCCCAGGUUGCUCUGGCAGGCAACUCAGGCUACGCUCUGCUCCAGCUUGGAUGGGCCGUCUUCAUCAUUAGCUUGGGACCUGCGGUGCUGUUCUGGAUCUACUUCAACAA